GGAGGGAGGGGCGGCGGUGGCAGCGGCGGGGCCGGGCCGGGAGGCGGAGCGCGCGGCCCCGCUGAAGCCUCCGCGGGGCCUGCGGGAGCAGCAUGGCCGCCAGCCUGUGGAUGGGGGACCUGGAGCCCUAUAUGGAUGAAAACUUUGUUUCGAGAGCCUUUGCCACCAUGGGAGAGCUUGUACUGAGUGUAAAAAUCAUUCGAAACAGGUUGACAGGAAUUCCAGCAGGCUAUUGCUUUGUAGAAUUUGCAGAUCUAGCUACUGCAGAGAAAUGUUUACACAAAAUCAAUGGAAAACCACUUCCUGGUGCUACACCGGCRAAGCGGUUUAAAUUGAAUUAUGCAACRUAUGGAAAACAGCCCGAUAACAGUCCAGAAUAUUCCCUUUUUGUGGGAGACCUGACACCGGACGUGGAUGAUGGGAUGUUAUAUGARUUUUUUGUUAAAGUUUAUCCAUCAUGUAGAGGUGGAAAAGUUGUGUUGGACCAGGCAGGAGUAUCCAAAGGUUACGGGUUCGUGAAAUUCACGGAUGAACUGGAACAGAAGAGAGCACUGACCGAGUGUCAGGGAGCUGUGGGGUUGGGCUCUAAACCUGUACGCCUCAGUGUGGCUAUACCAAAAGCCAAUCGUGUGAAAACAAUGGAGUACAAUCAGAUGUACAACUAUAAUUACAACCAGUAUUACCAACAGUAUCACAGCUACUACGCGCAGUGGGGGUAUGACCAGAACACGGGCAGUUACAGCUACAGUUACCCUCAGUACGGCUACACACAGAGCACCAUGCAGACAUAUGAAGAAGUUGGUGAGGAUGCAUUGGAAGAUCCCACACCUCAGUUAGAUGUCCAYGAAGCAAACAAGCAGUUUAUGGAACAAAGUGAAGAGCUCUACGAUGCCUUGAUGGACUGUCAUUGGCAGCCUUUGGACAGUGUCUCAUCAGAGAUCCCAGCUGUGUUAUAGCCUUGYUGCUGAGGCACUGUGUCUGUGGGACAUCCUGCCAGUGCACUCUGAACUGUUACGCUGCCCCUGGACCCUGCGGUAGUGAGGGUGGCACUUUCCCCACCCAGGUCUGGUACUCGGAGUACAGGAAGACUGUGGCCUUUCCUGUAGAGAGCAAGUAUUGUAGAAGCAUCAUGGUAACGUUUCUUCAUGGUAAAAAUUAGAACUGCRACAGUUUUAUUCGUUUUAUCUUGAAAUGAACUCUUAAUACCUACUGGGAAUUGUAAUUUAUGAACUUUCAAUGAGAUGGCACAGGGGAGAGACUCUACUCCAUCAUACAGUAAAAAASUUGGUCUUUUAAGUAAAAUUACCCUUUGCAUUUUGGUUCCUGCCCAUCUUGCUGUGUUGCUGCCCAUUUAACUGUCUUAAGCCAUUUGACCCAAUGCUUGUGAAUGUGUUAUUUUAMAAUAAGAUCAUUGUUGGACACUACUAAAAUGUCUCAAAAUCCUUCUAGURACUGGGUAAGGUUGCUGUAAUUUGUGCAUGGGAUGAAAGUUUAUGUUCUGGUUAAUCUAAGAUGUGAUCUUGAGCUUCCGAGUUUGGUGUUCUUAAGCACUCAACCCAAAGUGCACUUGAGAGAGCAAAGACAGARUGGAGUGUUAUAAGGCUAGAGAUUGAUGCCUUUUACCUGGUGAUCUCUUGCACAUCUGACUUGCUUCUCUGCCUGUGUAUGAGGAAAUAAUACCCCAUUAGCAAAGCAGUUGAAAACACCUUACCCAGAAAUGAUAUUUAAAUGUAAUUUUGUGUAUCAUGCCUUUGUUUUUUUUUUGUUGUGGACACACCUUGAUGGUCUCAUUGAGAUGUUGGGAUUUUGUAGUGUCUUCCACUGUCUGUCAGAGUGAAACUGAAGGUCUUGCAGUAAAAACAGGUCAGAGCAAUUGCUUUGAUAUAUUGUGCAACAAAUGGUUGUUAACCUGGAAAKUGGUUUUCUACUGGAUGUUGUAUAAGCUGGAUGGACAAGCAAUAUAUUUAAGCUGAUAUGUUGCAUUAGAGGUGAAAGUGAAAAUAAUAGCACUUACAUAGGUGUUACAAGCCCUUUUUCAGGCUUUUGUGCCUUAAACUCUUGGAGAAAUAGGAACAGAGAAACUACCUGUAAUAGAUGUCUAUCCAAGGAAUAGUUGGGUAACUGAGAUUGCUACUGAAGAGCGUUUCGUUGCCUCCCUGCCCAUAUUGAUGCAGAGAUUUGCCACAAAAUUUAAAUACUUUGAUAAAGCUACUUCUACUACA